CGGGAGGCGGGAGCGCGCGCCUGGGUGGCUUCUGUAACCCUGGGUUAGCCAGAGCAGGAAGUGAACGUGCUAUGGCUCACAGGCCGAAAAGGACUUUCCGGCAGCGCCGAGCGGACUCUAGUGACAGCGACAGCACCCAGGAGCCAUUUGCUGAACCCGGGGCGCCGCGGGAGCAUGCAGACCUGGGCCCUGCGGAGGAAGGGCUGCCGUCUGGAGGAGGCCGCGCAGAAGCGGCGGAACUACCACGCCGGGCCUGGGGUCGGAGCCGCGGCCGGGUCUGGGCCAGUUCCCGGCACGCCGCGAGAGCGGCUCCGCGCUUGGACCGAGGCUCGGACGUCCCAGAAUCCAGAGCGGUUGAUCUUUCAACAGAUGAAGAGGAUGGAACACAUCGUUCUUCAGAAACUAAAGAUGAUCAGAGUUCAUCUUCCAAUAGCUCUAGCUCGCUGGAAGAAGAGUUUACAUCACUAGUAAAUAUCCCUGAUGCAGCUUUUAUUCAGGCAGCCUACCGAAAACGUGAAUUGGCCAGGGCCCAAGAGGACUAUAUUUCUUUGGAUGUAAAACAUGCCUUCACCAUCUCUGGUAUGAGGAAAAACACUGAAUAUCCUGAGAGUGAGCCUGAUGAUCAUGAAAAUAUAAUACCAUUUACCCCGAAGCUUCAAACACUUAGACAAAAGAUGGCUGAAGAAACAGCAGCCAGAAAUGAAGAAACAAUUGAAGAUAGUGAAGAAGAUAAAAAAUAUCAAGAUAUUUGGGAACAGCAGCAGAUGAGAAAAGCAGUUAAAAUCACAAAGGGACGAGACAUAGAUCUCUCUCAUAGCAGUGAAUCUCAAACAGUGAAGAAGUUCGAUGCUUCCAUUUCAUUUCCACCAGUAAAUUUAGAAAUUAUAAAGAAGCAACUAAAUACUAGAUUAACAUUACUACAGGAUACUCACCGCUCACACCUGAGGGAAUAUGAAAAAUACAUACAAGAUGUCAAGAGCUCAAAGAGUACCAUCCAGAACCUAGAGAAUUCAUCAAAUCAAGUUCUAAAUUUUAAAUUCUAUAAAAGCAUGAAAGUUUAUGUGGAUAAUUUAAUUGACUGUCUUAAUAAAAAGAUUAUCAACAUCCAAGAAAUAGAAUCAGCCAUGCAUGCACUCCUUGUAAAACAAGCCAUGAUCUUUAUGAAACGCAGGCAAGAUGAAUUAAAACAUGAAUCAGCGUAUUUACAACAGUUAUCACGCAAAGCUGAGAUGUCAACAAAUAGAAGCUUGGCUAUAGAUGAAAAAACUCAGUGGAUUUUAGAAGAGAUUGAAUCUCGAAGGGCACGAAGAAGACAAGCAAGGGUUCUUUCUGGGAAUUGUACUCAUCAGGAAGGAACAUCUAGUGAUGAUGAACUAUCUUCAGACAUGAUUGACUUCCAAAAAAGCCAAGGUGACAUUUUACAGGAUCAUAAGAAGAUUUUUGAAGAUGUACACGAUGAUUUUUGUAAUAUCCAGAAUAUUUUAUUGAAAUUUCAACAAUGGCGAGAAAAGUUUCCUGAUUCUUAUUAUGAAGCUUUCAUUAGUUUAUGCAUUCCGAAGCUUUUAAAUCCCCUAAUACGAUUUCAGUUGAUUGAUUGGAAUCCUCUUAAGUUUGAUUCCAUAGGUCUAAAACAGAUGCCAUGGUUCACAUCUAUAGAGGAAUUUAUAGAUAGCAGUAUGGAAGAUUCAAAGAAGGAAGAUAGUUCUGAUAAGAAAAUCUUGUCUACUGUCAUCAGCAAAACAAUUAUUCCUCGACUUACAGACUUUGUAGAAUUCAUUUGGGAUCCCUUGUCAACCUCACAGACAACAAAUUUAAUAACACAGAGCAGAAUGAUUCUUGAAGAACAUUCCACUUGUGAAAAUGAAGUUAUUAGUAAAGGCAAACAGGAUUUACUUAAACCCAUUGUUUCAAGAAUGAAGAAGGCAAUAGAUGAUGAUGUUUUUAUUCCUCUAUAUCCAGAGAGUGCUGUAGAAAACAGAAUGUCACCACAUUCAAAGUUCCAAGAAAGACAGUUCUGGUCAGGUCUAAAGCUCUUCCGCAAUAUUCUUCUUUGGAAUGAACUCCUCCCGGAAGACACCUUGCAAGAGCUAGGACUAGGGAAGCUGCUGAAUCGUUAUCUUAUUGUAGCUCUUCUCAAUGCCAUACCUGGGCCAGAUGUUGUUAAAAAGUGCAACCAGAUAGCAGCAUGUUUACCAGAAAAAUGGUUCCAAAAUUCUGCCAUGAGAACAUCUUUUCCCCAGCUAGAAAACUUCAUCCAGUUUUUACUGCAGUCUGCACGUAAAUUAUCUACAAGUGAAAUCAGGGAUGAAGUCAAAGAAAUAAUUCUUAUUCUGGUGAAAAUAAAAGCUUUGAAUCAAGCAGAAUCCUUCAUAGAAGAAUAUCACCUAGACCAUCUUAAAUCAGUAAUUAAAGAAGUUUGAGUGAACUUUAUAGGAAAGUACUAAAAUGAGGUUUUAAUAUAGUCACACUUGGCUCUUUUGCUUGGAGAAAGAAGAAAAAAAAAAAAAAAGUGUUGCCACUUCUUUAUUCCCAGUAAUGGAGGGGAGGAUUUGCAAAACCCGAAAAGCAAGGACUCUGUUUUUCCAUUCCUUCCACCUUCUACCUUCUGGUAUCAUGAAAGGCUGCACCUUUUUUUGCAGUGUUUGCAGGAAUUAGACACACAGGAACAGUAAGAGUUUAACAUAUUUCCAUUUCCAUUUGAUUUUUCCAUCGACUUUUCCAGCUUAAGAAAGGAGUUGAAGGAAGCUUGUUAUAGCUGUUUUGGCUUUGGUUGGUCUUCUGUCCUGAACCAUAAAAACCUCUUUUAGUUCUCUUCAUUUUAACUAUCUCUGUUUACAAAUGAGUUUAAAUGAAAAUCUUAAUCGUGGUGAAUUACUUGUUAAGUAUUCUGAUUAAGGCAUUUUAGGGCUUUUGAUAACUAAUGCUUGUCAAAUUGUUCUUCAGAAAUGUGUACCAAUGUAUUGUACCAACAGAAGUCUAAGGAAGGCCAAUGAAUCUCUACCAGCGAUAGGUAUUAUCAGUUUUUUUUAACUCAUUGGCACUUAAUAGGUGAAAAAAAUCUUAUUUUAAUUAUUUGUUUUGGCUAUUAGAGAGUGACUACUUGUUUUUUGGCCAUUUGUAAUUCUUUUUGAAAUAUCUAUUCAUCUUUUUCUUAUGGAUUUGUAAGAGCUUUAUAAUUUAAAGAUACUGAUGUUCUGGGAAUUCCCUGGCAUCCAGUGGUUAGGACUCUGCACUUUCACUGCCAAGGUCACAGGUUCGAUCCCUGGUCGGGGAACUAAGAUCCCGCAAUCCACACAGCACGGCCAAAAAUAAAAACAAAAACAAAACAAA